AUGGAGGGAACACGUCGAGUCUAUCUCUUCGGAGAUCAGACAGGCGAUUUCGAUGCCGGUCUGCGUCGUCUGUUGCAAGCGAAGAACAACUCACUAGUAACUUCUUUCUUCCAGAGAUGCUUCUAUGCAUUGCGCCAGGAGAUCACCAAGCUUCAUCCUUCACAGAGAAAGAUAUUCCCUCGGUUCACCAGUACAGUCGACCUGCUAGCCAGAUAUCGUGAAUCUGGUCCUAACCCUGCCUUGGAGAGCGCAUUGACAUGCAUCUACCAACUGGGUUGUUUUAUCAACCACUAUGGAGAUCUUGGCCAUGCGUAUCCUUCGGGCUCCGAGAGCUGCAUUAUUGGCCUGUGCACCGGGCUUCUGCCCUCUGCGGCUGUUAGCUCGUCGAAAACAGUCGGAGAGCUGAUUCCAGCGGCGGUCGAGACUGUAGUUCUUGCUCUUCGUCUCGGGCUUUGUGUCCUCAAUGUCCGGGAGCUUGUGGAUUCGAGUAAAUCGACUUCGCCGAGUUGGUCUACUCUCGUCACAGGGGUCCAGGAAAGUAAUGCCUUGGAUGUUAUUAACGACUUUUGCACCCGCAAGGCAAUUCCUCCUUCCUCGAGGCCCUAUAUUAGCGCAGUAAGCGCCAAUAGGCUUACCAUCAGCGCUCCCCCAAUGGUUCUUGAUCAAUUCGUUGAGGAUAGCCUCUCAAAGGACCACAAGCCUGUGAGAGCACCAAUCCAUGGUCCGUACCAUGCGCAGCAUUUGUAUGAUGCUCGAGAUAUCGACCGAAUCCUCGAGACUUGGCCGCAAGAAGCCUUCUCAAGCUACAAACCCCAUAUUCCUGUUCUUUCGAGCAACACAGGCAAGCCUAUUGAGGCAAGCAGCCUACAAGCGCUUCUGAAAAUUUCACUCGAGGAGAUUCUCCUGCGUCAGUUGUGCUGGGACCAGGUCACAGACUCGUGCUCGUCAAUUCUGAAAUCAACUGGCAUCGAGGAAUUCAAACUAAUUCCAGUGUCGAGCACUGCAACUCAGAGCUUGCACACGGCCUUGAAAAAGGCUGGAGUCUCCAACGUCGAGAUUGACAACGGACCUGGAGAGAUCCCCCACACUGCCGAUGGUAUCAAUUCCUCUGGGAAAUCUGAGCACUCCAAGAUUGCUAUUAUCGGUCUGUCGGGACGGUUUCCAGAAGCUCCAAGCCCUGAAAGUUUUUGGGAUGUUUUGCACAAGGGGCUCGAUGUUCACCGCGAAGUACCCCCGGAUCGCUGGGAUGUUCAUGCGCAUGUUGAUCCUACUGGCAAGACAAGAAACACCAGCAAAAUUCCUUAUGGAUGCUGGAUCAACGAGCCUGGCCUGUUUGAUCCACGAUUCUUCAACAUGUCGCCCCGUGAAGCCCUUCAGGCAGACCCUGCACAGCGACUGGCUUUGCUUACAGCCUAUGAAGCCCUAGAAAUGGCGGGCUUCGUCCCUGACAGCACCCCGUCUACUCAGAAAGACCGGGUCGGUAUUUUUUAUGGAAUGACUAGUGACGAUUACCGUGAGAUCAACAGUGGUCAAGAUAUCGACACCUAUUUCAUCCCAGGCGGCAACCGUGCUUUCACGCCAGGACGAAUCAACUACUACUUCAAAUUCAGCGGUCCGAGUGUCAGUGUCGACACGGCCUGCUCCUCCAGUCUUGCGGCAAUCCAUCUAGCUUGCAACUCCAUUUGGAGAAAUGACUGCGACUCGGCUUUGGCCGGUGGUGUCAAUGUCUUGACAAACCCAGACAACCAUGCUGGUCUCGACCGUGGUCAUUUCCUGUCCACUACUGGAAACUGCAACACCUUUGACGAUGCCGCUGAUGGCUAUUGCCGAGCAGACGGUGUGGGGACCGUUGUUUUGAAAAGAUACGAGGAUGCCCAGGCUGAUAAUGACCCCAUUCUUGGAGUUAUUAGUGGAGCGUAUACCAACCACUCUGCGGAAUCAGUGUCUAUCACGCGCCCACACGUCGGAGCCCAGGCCUUCAUCUUCAACAAACUUCUCAAUGACUCCAAUGUCGACCCCAAGGAGAUCAGCUACAUUGAGAUGCACGGCACUGGUACACAAGCUGGAGAUGCUGUCGAGAUGAAAUCCGUCCUUGAUAUCUUCGCCCCUGACUACCGCCGUGGACCAGGUCAGUCCUUGCACCUUGGUUCUGCCAAAGCAAAUGUCGGACACGGCGAGUCGGCUUCUGGUGUUACUUCCCUCGUCAAAGUUCUUUUGAUGAUGAGAAACAACGCUAUUCCCCCACACUGUGGUAUCAAGACGAAGAUCAACCACAAUUUCCCAACAGAUCUGGCGCAGCGAAAUGUCCACAUUGCCUUCCAACCGACUCCUUGGAACCGACCACAAUCCGGAAAACGGAGAGUAUUUUUGAAUAACUUCUCCGCUGCCGGUGGUAACACCGCUCUGUUGUUGGAAGAUGGCCCAGUUCCUGGAGAAAGGGAAACCCAAGAUCCUCGAUCCGUGCACACGGUGGCCAUGUCCGCAAGAUCACAGAGUGCUCUGAAAAACAACCUCAACGCUUUCGUGAAGUAUGUCGAGGAGCAAGGAAAGUCGUUCAAUGUGAACGAAUCCAGCCUUCUGGCCAAUUUGUCUUACACCACGACUGCCCGCCGUGUGCAUCAUCCAUUCAGAGUCACUGCUACCGGGUCCAGUUUGAAGGAGAUAAGCGAGUCUUUAAUGGCCUCCGCCAACCGCGAGAAUAUCACCCCGGCUCCUGCUACAGCUCCUAGCAUAGGAUUUGUCUUUACUGGCCAGGGUGCGCAGUACACGGGAAUGGGCAAACAGCUUUAUGAAAACUGUUCUCAGUUCCGAACAAACAUCCAACACUUGGACUGUAUUGGUCUCAGCCAAGGGCUUCCUUCCAUUCUUCCUUUGGUCGAUGGCAGUGUCCCGGUCGAGGAAUUGAGCCCCGUCGUUACUCAGGUCGGAACUACUUGCGUGCAAAUGGCUCUGGCUGAUUAUUGGAUUUCAUUGGGUGUGAAGCCUUCUUUCAUUCUUGGUCAUAGUCUUGGAGAUUACGCUGCCCUGAACACCGCAGGUGUACUGACAACAAGUGAUACAAUUUACCUCUGUGGUCGUCGGGCGCAGCUCCUCACAAAGCAGUGCCAAAUUGGAACCCAUUCCAUGCUUGCUGUCAAGGCCUCGCUUGCGCAGGUCAAGCAGUUCCUCGACGAUGCUGUGAGUGAGGUCGCCUGCGUCAAUGGGCCUGGGGAGACUGUCAUCAGCGGACUCAAUGCUGCCAUUGAUGAACUAUCCCAGAGUCUUACUGCUCAGGGUCUCAAGUCGACAAAAUUGAAGGUGCCAUUUGCUUUCCACUCUGCCCAAGUCGACCCCAUUCUCGAGAGCUUCGAGGAGCUCUCGCAAGGCGUGAAGUUCCACAAGCCUUCGGUUCCGUUUGUCUCAGCCUUGCUGGGAGAAGUCAUUACUGAGACCAACUCUGACAUCCUUGGAGCCAAGUAUCUGGCACGACACUGCAGAGAGACCGUCAACUUCCUUGGUGCUCUUGAAGCUACUCGACAUGCCAAGCUGAUGAAUGACAAGACACUCUGGGUUGAGGUUGGCUCCCACACCAUCUGUUCUGGAAUGGUCAAGGCAACUUUGGGACCUCAGACGACUACUGUCGCAUCUCUUCGCCGAGAUGACAAUACCUGGAAGAUCCUCUCCAACAGCCUUUCUGCUCUUUACUUAGCCGGCAUCGAUAUUCACUGGAAGGAAUAUCACCAGGAUUUUAGCUCCAGUCACCAAGUGCUUCCGCUCCCUGCUUACAAGUGGGAUCUCAAGAACUACUGGAUCCCAUACGCCAAUAACUUCUGCCUCACAAAGGGAGCACCUGUGACUCCCGCAGUGGAAGCUGCGCCUGUGUCUCCGUACUUGACGACUGCUGCGCAGAAGAUUGUUGAAACCCGUGACGAAGGAGCAACGGCUACUGUUGUUGUGCAGAAUGACAUUUCUGACCCCGAGUUGAGUCGGGUCAUUGCUGGCCACAAGGUCAAUGGCGCAUCUCUUUGCCCAUCAUCUCUGUACGCCGAUAUUGGCCAAACACUCGGAGAGUAUUUGGUCGAGAAGUACAAGCCUGAGUUGAAGGGAGUCGGAUAUGAUGUCUGCGAUAUGACAGUCUUCAAGCCUCUCAUUGCCAAGGGUGGCGAGCAGCUCUUCCGGGUUGCCGCUACCGCGAACUGGGCCGAGAAAAACGCUUCGAUACAGGUGUACUCUGUGAACUCGGAUGGCAAGAAGGUUAUGGACCAUGCAAACUGUCUCGUCAAGUUCUUUGACUGCAGUGCCGCAGAGCUGGAGUGGAAGCGAUACUCUUAUCUGAUCAAGAGAAGCAUUGAUCGACUCCAUGAAAGUUCGGAAACAGGUGACGCUCACCGGAUGAAGCGCGGAAUGGUCUAUAAGCUUUUUGCUUCGUUGGUUGACUACGAUGAAAACUUUAAGUCAAUGCAAGAGGUCAUUCUUGACAGCGACCAGCAUGAAGCGACUGCGCGUGUCAAGUUCCAGGCUCCUCCAGGCAAUUUCCAUCGCAACCCGUUCUGGAUUGACAGUCUUGGUCAUCUGUCUGGUUUCAUAAUGAACGCCAGUGAUACGACUGAUUCCAAGAACCAAGUGUUUGUCAAUCACGGAUGGGAGUCGAUGCGUUGUUUGAAGAAGUUCUCGCCCGAUGUCACUUAUCGCACCUAUGUGAGAAUGCAGCCCUGGCAGAACACGCUUUGGUCAGGCGAUGUCUACAUAUUCGACGGCGAAGAUAUUGUCGCUGUCUAUGGGGGUAUUAAGUUCCAAGCGUUGGCACGCAAGAUUCUUGAUACCGUUCUUCCACCUGCUGGAGGCGUCAAAGCUGCGAAGCCGACCCCCGCGCCCAUCGACACCAAGAAGUCGAACGCAGGAAUCGGAAAAGGUCGUCCAAAUGCCCCUGUGCCUUCCAAGUCGUUUGUCAAACAAGCUUCAGCCGGACCCAGCGUGGUCGUCCGCGCCCUCAACAUCCUGGCAUCGGAGGUUGGAAUGUCCGAGUCUGAGAUGUCUGACGAUCUAGUCUUUGCAGACUAUGGCGUGGACUCGCUCCUCUCUCUGACAGUCACUGGUAGAUACCGUGAAGAGCUGGAUUUGGACAUGGACUCCUCCGUAUUCAUGGACUACCCGACCAUCAAGGACUUCAAGAAACUUGUGACCGAGAUGAGUCCUUCAGAGAGCAGCGAUGGAUCUGGUAGCGAGCCUGACUCCGGCUUCGAGUCCAGUGCCACUCCUUCGACCGAGCUUUCGAGUGCAGGGUCCCCUGGAUUGCUCUCGCCUCCUAAUGAAAAGGUCAUGCAGGUUGAGCAGAACGGCACCCUGCAAGAAAUUCGCACCAUCUUGUCUGAAGAGAUUGGUGUGCCGCCCGAGGAUAUCACCGGAAGUGCUAAUUUAAGUGAGAUGGGAAUGGACUCGCUUCUUUCGCUCACUGUCCUUGGUAGGAUCCGGGAGACAUUAGACAUGGAUCUACAUGGAGACUUCUUCAUUGACAACCAAACUCUCGAUGACAUUGAGACUGCACUUGACUUGAAGCCCAAGACAGCUCCUGCCCCAGCUCCAGCUCAAGAGCCAAUUAGGCUUCCAGAGACCAUCCAGGACAUGAAACCGAAAACCGGGCCGGUCUCAGAAGUUCAACAUCCCCGCGCGACGUCGAUCUUGUUGCAAGGGAGCCCGAAGACAGCUACCUACUCUCUAUUCCUGUUCCCCGAUGGCUCUGGCUCUGCCACCUCUUAUGCCACCAUCCCCGGGAUUUCUCCCGAUGUCUGCGUGUAUGGCUUGAACUGCCCGUACAUGAAGACACCGGAGAACCUUAAAUUCAGCCUGGAUGAACUCACUGCACCUUAUGUCGCAGAAAUCCGUCGGCGCCAACCCCAAGGGCCAUACAACUUUGGUGGAUGGUCAGCAGGAGGAAUUUGCGCGUAUGAUGCUGCGCGACAGCUCAUUUUCGAAGAGGGCGAGAAGGUCGAUCGCUUACUUCUCCUUGAUACACCAUUCCCCAUUGGUCUCCAGAAGCUGCCACCUCGUCUUUACAGCUUCUUCGACUCAAUCGGUCUCUUUGGUGAAGGCAAGGCGCCCCCUCCGAAAUGGCUGCUUCCUCACUUCCUGGCCUUCAUCGACUCCCUGGAUGCAUACAAGGCAUCCCCCUUCCCCUUCUCUGAUCCACAAUUGAGCAAGAAGAUCCCCAAAACCUAUCUUGUCUGGGCGAAGGACGGUGUAUGCUGUCAACCAGGAGACCCUCGCCCCGGUCCUCCUCCGGAUGGCACUGAGGAUCCAAGAGAAAUGAUCUGGCUCCUUAACAACCGCACCGAACUCGGUCCUAACAAAUGGGACACACUGGUAGGGCCGGAUAACAUCGGCGGCAUCACUGUCAUGGAAGGAGCAAACCACUUCACCAUGACACGAGGCGAGAAAGCCAAGGAGUUGGCUACAUUCAUUGCAAACGCCUUUACCGCUUAG